CGUCGGUGAGCCCGUGCCGUUGUCACCCCCUCUUACGUUUUAGAGAGAGAAAUUAACAGCCCAUGGAGACUUUAUUAUUUUAGAGAGAGGGGGGCUGUGUGUAUUAUAUAUGUGCACACACAUUGUAUGUGUUUACGCGUGUGUAUAAACUAUAAACUAUAAGAGAGAGAAGUCAUAUAACUAGGAUUGAUUGUAGUAGUAUAUAAGCGAGGCAAGCUAAACGCAAUGCUUCUUAAAUUCUGAGAGAGAUUGAGAGAGAAUAGGUGAUGACUUUUUAUAGAGAGAGAUAGUUUCUGGAGAGAGGAAGUGAAAUUUACAGAGAGAGAGAGAGAGAGAGAGAUGGGGGAGUCGAGCGAUUCCGUUUCCAUUGAUAUGGAGACGAUCUCGCUUACUGGGAAGGCUUAAAAGAGCAUAAAUCUUGACCACUGCACAUGGGAUGAAUAAUUCAGUUGCAAGCAAAAGAUGCCAAACUUGGGACUAUCUGAUAAAAACUAGUCAUGGCUCUAUUUCUGUUGCUGUGUAUGGAGAUCGGGACAAGCCGGCUUUAGUUACUUAUCCUGAUCUGGCACUAAAUUAUGUAUCCUGUUUCCAAGGGCUGUUAAUGUGUCCAGAGGCAUUUUCAUUGCUGCUUCAUAACUUUUGCAUUUAUCACAUUAGUCCACCUGGGCAUGAGUACCAUAUUCAAGAGUUAUUGCAGUUGGGAGCUGCUAUUAUGAUACCAGAUGAUGCUGUGUUAUCUGUUGAUGACUUGGCAGAUCAGGUUGCUGAGGUUCUUGAUUUUUUCGGACUUGGUAAAGUGAUGUGCAUGGGAGUAACAGCUGGUGCUUACAUCCUUACUCUGUUUGCUAUCAAACAUUCGUGCAGGGUACUUGGUUUAAUACUUGUGUCCCCUCUAUGCCAAGGACCCUGCUGGACAGAGUGGUUGUAUAAUAAGGUUAUGUCAAACUUACUGUACUAUUAUGGCAUGUGUGGUUUAGCGAAGGAGUUGUUGCUCAUGCGUUACUUUAGCAAGGAUGUUCGCGGCAAUGUGCAAGUACCAGAUUCGGAUGUUGUUCAGGCGUGCAGAAGAUUUCUAGGCGAGAGGCAAAGUCCGAAUGUCUUGCGACUUCUGGAAACUUUUAACGGCAGGAGACCAGACAUCUCCGAAGGGUUAAAGAGGCUGAAAUGUCGGUCAUUAAUAUUUAUUGGCGAGAACUCUCCAUUCCACUACGAGUCCCUUCACAUGACUUCAAAACUAGAUCGAAGAUACACUGCCUUGGUUGAGGUUCAGCAUUGUGGGUCCUUGGUAACAGAAGAGCAACCUGAUGCAAUGUUAAUACCACUAGAAUACUUCCUUAUGGGGUAUGGCUUCUAUAGACCAUCUCAAUAUACUCUCAGUCCGAGAAGUCCCUUGAGUCCGACUUGCAUAUCUCCUGAGCUUUUCUCACCGGAAAGCAUGGGCUUAAAGUUGAAACCUAUAAAAACAAAAAUUUCUUUUGAAGUUUGAAAAACUUAGAUAUAGGAGCUAUGGUUUUGUAAAAUGUGUAUCAACUAUCAACGCAAGUGUUCGUGUAUCAAAGAUUUGGCUGUGAAACUGUGUAUUAUGUAGAGAAGGGAAGUGAUUGAGGAUUGCAAAUAUGGAGAGGAUAAAGGUGGAGGGGGUACAUGCAUUAGAAAAGGCAUAGCUUUAAAGUUUUGUACUGCUGAAGAUUAGCAGAGUAAUUACGUGUAAUGAUAUAAACAAGUAUAUGGCUCGUGAAGAUGAGUGGGAAUACUAUAUACAUAUAGUUAAUGCCAAUCUGCGAUGCUUGGCUAUUA